CUGACACACGACAUCCUUAAUUAUCUUUCUGCUUCACCUGAACACGGCUGGCUUGUCCAAUUACUGGAAGCCUUUAACCGCGGCAACCUGUCUCGCAUCGAAGAGCUGCAGAAGUCGCCAGGCUGGUUGAAACAACCGGAUUUAGUGGCAGCUGCUUCUGCGGUACCUUCACUUCUGCGUGAAAAAGCUACUCUUUUAGGACUUGUUGAGGCCAUCUUCCAGAGACCAGCUAAUGAUCGAACUAUUUCGUUCGAUGAUAUAGCAGCUGCUACUGGUCAAGGAGUCGAUAAACGCAAAUGUCAAGCGACGAAUUAA